CAGUCAGGACCCGGAAGUAGUGUCAUUGUUAUGAGAGCGACUUUUCAUGGCUCUGCCGCUCUCCUGUUAACGGGCGCUUACCUAACCUAAACGACGCCAGAAAAGUGAGGCAGAAACAGAAGUUGAGUUGAGUUGAACGAGCAGCUGCUGGCUGUGCUCUGCAGAAUGCUGCCUGCUAGCAGAUACUCUAGUAAAGCCCACAGGUGCAUCAGGGCUCUGACCGCAGUACAGGCGGAGCGCGGCGCCCCUCAGCUCUACACCGCAGUAACCAGGAGGACGUGCUCCUCAGUGACCGCCCCGCGCAUCACCACACACUACACCAUCCACCCCCGAGACAAAGACCCCAGAUGGGAGGGGGUGGAGAUGGAGAGGUUUGCAGACGAGGCCGACGUGGUGAUUGUGGGUGGGGGGCCUGCGGGUCUCUCAGCAGCCAUUCGUCUGAAGCAGCUGGCCAACGAGCACCAGAAGGAGCUGCGGGUGUGCCUUGUGGAAAAGGCGCCUCAGAUGGGAGCCCACACCCUGUCUGGAGCCUGUUUGGAGCCCUCCGCCCUCACCGAGCUCUUUCCUGACUGGAAGGAACGAGGGGCUCCUCUGAACACGCCGGUCACUGAAGAUGUCUUCAACAUUUUCACAAAGAAUCACAGGAUCCCCGUCCCCAUCCUUCCAGGCCUCCCCAUGCAGAACCACGGUAACUACCUGGUGAGGCUGGGAAACUUUGUGCGCUGGCUGGGGGAGCAGGCCGAGGAGCUGGGGGUGGAGCUUUACCCUGGUUAUGCUGCUGCAGAGGUCUUGUUCCAUGAAGAUGGGAGUGUGAAGGGAGUCGCUACCAACGAUGUCGGCAUCGCCAAGGACGGCUCCCCGAAGGAUGUUUUUGAGAGAGGGAUGGAGCUCCACGCUAAAGUCACCUUGUUUGGAGAGGGCUGCCACGGCCAUUUGGCAAAGCAGCUUUACAAGCAGUUCAACCUGCGGAAAAACUGUGAGCCUCAAACGUACGCCAUCGGCCUGAAGGAGUUGUGGAUGAUUGAUGAGAAGAAGUGGAAGCCAGGCAGGACAGAGCACUCUGUGGGCUGGCCUCUGGACAGACACACGUAUGGGGGGUCCUUCCUCUACCACCUGAAUGAAGGAGAGCCUCUGGUGGCUCUGGGCUUUGUGGUGGGUUUAGACUACACCAACCCUUACCUGAGCCCUUUCAGGGAAUUCCAGCGCUGGAAACACCACCCGUUUGUAGCUGCGACGCUGGAGGGGGGGCAAAGGAUCGCUUACGGCGCCCGAGCCCUGAACGAGGGCGGCUUUCAGUCCAUCCCAAAACUGACCUUCCCUGGAGGGCUGCUGAUUGGCUGCAGCCCCGGUUUCAUGAACGUCCCCAAGAUCAAAGGCACCCACACGGCCAUGAAGAGCGGCAUCCUGGCUGCAGAGGCCAUUUUCCCCAAAGUCACGGCAGAGGAGGCGGAUUCAGAGAUGGCAGGGCUGCAUGUUCCCGAGUAUGCAGAGAGCUUGAAGAGCUCCUGGGUGUGGAAGGAGCUGCACUCGGUGAGGAACAUCCGACCGUCCUUCCACAACCCCCUGGGCCUGUAUGGGGGCAUGAUCUACACCGGGAUCUUCUACUGGAUCCUCAGAGGGAAAGAGCCAUGGACGCUGAAGCACAGAGGCUUGGACGCUCACCAGCUCAAACCGGCUAAAGAAUGUACACCCAUCGAGUAUCCCAAGCCAGACGGCAAGAUAAGCUUUGAUCUGCUCUCCUCCGUGGCCCUGAGUGGAACCAAUCAUGAAGGGGACCAGCCCCCACACCUGACCUUAAAGGACGACAGCGUCCCCGUGGCCAGGAACCUGGCGGUUUACGACGGGCCUGAGCAGCGCUUCUGCCCUGCAGGUGUGUAUGAGUACGUUCCCGUGGAAACGGGGGACGGCAUGCGGUUGCAGAUCAACGCUCAGAACUGUGUCCACUGUAAGACCUGCGACAUCAAGGAUCCCAGCCAAAACAUCAACUGGGUGGUACCUGAAGGGGGCGGGGGUCCGGCCUACAACGGAAUGUGAGCGGCUCGGGGUUCUGGCGCCUGUUUUACGGUUCAGAUUGAGCAUCCGUGUGGGUGUAUGUGCCUGACUGUGGAGAACAGAACUGUUUUAUAAUGUAACAGAACGAGCUGUUUUUUAGAGAAAACCCGGAAACACUUCUCUUCUGAAAUAGAAAAAGCUGUAAAAUAAAUGGUUAAGCAUCAAAUGUUGAGUUUAAUUUAAACAUGACAGUAUGGAAUAAACAGAAAUGACAGAAAAGCA